GCUCCGAAUGGUCCGAAUGGACUCGAAAGAACCUCAAAACAUUGUUCUGGUUCGAUGGCAGAGUUCAAAGAACUGACUGUGGCUUGCAUGUGCGGAGCAGCCACGCACAGUUUCACCGUACCAAACUUCUCGCUUCCUAUUCCCACUCAUCUAUGCAGCUGCAAUAUCUCUCGCCGAAUAUCAGGCUCUCUCCUUACUAGCUACUUCAAUAUCACAUUCAGCUCGAACCCAUCGAAGCCUGACCUACGUAGUCUGACGCCGUACCGAAGUUCAAAUAUUUUAACGCGCCACUUUUGUACGACAUGCGGAACACAAAUGUAUCUAGAAUACAAUCAUGACGACCACUUUGAAGCCGCAACCGGGACUCUCCAGGUAGACCACACCGACGGCCUCCUCGACUACAAAGCCCACAUCUGGAUCGAAGACACGCCCGACGGGGGCGCAAGUCAGUUCCUCGUAAACAUGAACGGGGAGCCGCUCGAUCGGUACCUCCAGGAACCGCGCCAAAGCGACCUUGUGCCCCUAGAUUGGUGUACCAAAUCUCAAGCUUCCGCGCCCGGUAGUACCCCCAUCUACGCCCAUUGCCACUGCAAAGGUGUAGAAUUUUGGAUCAUGCCCCCAGAUGCAGCAUCUAAAAAAGCUGAGUCUCCCUGGCCAGAUCUCCUUGUACCGUCCGAGACAGGCAGCUCCGCGAAUCCUGGUAACUCCCCUUGGUGGCUGCCCACACCACACCACUACCUAGCCGGCACCUGCGCUUGUCGCUCUUGUACACGUGCUUCAGGAUUUGACAUCACAUUUUGGGCUUUCAUUCCCACCGCUAACAUCACGCUCGAUGUCGAUGGCAAAGUGCCUUUUGCGCGAAACCCUUACUGGGGUACCAUAAAGACCUAUCGAAGCAGGGAUGACGUCACCAGAUCGUUCUGUGGGAGGUGUGGUGCGAAUGUUUUCUAUGAUGGGCAUAACAGGCCGAGUAUAGUGGAUGUUGCGGUUGGGUUGUUGGAUGCUGGGAGCGGGGCGAGAGCCGAGGAAGUGUUGGCUUGGUGGGCAGGAAGAGUGAGCUUCAGAGAGUACGCGCUGAACAUGAAAUUGAUCGAAGGACUAGAAAAAGGGCUCCAAGAGUGGGGAGAAAGAUAUAGAGGACUGAAAUCUAUCGCACCAAGUUCGGUGCUGAAUGCUUUCGAAGGUAGUAGAUGAUGGUAAAUUUCGUAAACCCAAAACAAGUGUACC